AUGGCUCCUCCAGCUCUUACAGGACAGUUUGUGAUGCUCCAGGAUUUUAGGAUUUUGCACCUUCUGCAAAAUUCUCUCCCAGCAUCCCCGGCCGAGGAGAGCCUAGGACGACCACGGGAAGCGGCCCUCUCCGGGAAAGCACCGGGCCGGACGCAGCAGUCCGAACCAGAAUCCACAUGGUGGUCUAAAGAUACAAUUGCUGUGGUGACUGGAAGCAACAAGGGGCUCGGAUUUGGCAUUGCUCAAGGCCUGGCACUCAAGGGCGUGAUGACGGUCCUGACUGCCAGAGACGAGCAGAGAGGGUUGGCAGCUCUGAAUUCUCUCAAGCAGGAUCAAAGGAUCAAUCCGGCAACACUUCAGUUCCACGUCUUGGACGUGAGAAGCCCAUCAUCCAUCCAAAACUUUGCUAAAUGGAUUGAAAAUAAGUUUGGUGGCUUAGAUAUUCUGGUCAACAAUGCUGGAAUCUCAAGAAAUGAGCACUUGGGCAAUCCAACAGUGGAGGGUUCCAAGGAUGUUAUAAGCACGAACUUCUAUGGAACCCGGAUGGCUCUUCGAAACCAAACUGUGGUACAAAAGGUUUCCAAGCUCUCAAUGGAAACUUUGGAUGAAGUGGUAGGCGAAUUUAUAGAGGACGUGGAACAUGGCCGACUUAUAGUAAAAGGGUGGACCGGGAUCUUUGGAGCAUACGACUACUGCUUAUCAAAGCUUCUUCUGAAUGCUUACUCAAGAGUGCUGGCAAGGGAUCUCUCUAAACAGGGUGGUAAAUUCUUUGUGAAUUGCAUGUGUCCAGGUCUGACUAGCACAGAUAUGUCAAGGAAUAAUGGCCAUUCGGCUCAAAUUGGGGCCGACACUGUCAUUUGGUUGGCAUUGCUUCCAGCCUCCAAAUCUACAACAGGGCGGUUUUUUUCCAACAGACAAGACGUUGGUUUUGAUCACAUUCCUCUCUACUUGGAGAAAGGUACUUCUUCAAAGCUUCUGGACGAGUUUGAUGAGUGUAUUAGAACAUCUAUGCCUCCAUUGCAUCCUGUGUUUCUCAAAAUGUAUUAG